AUGAAUCCCACUAUCCCAUAUACACCACCUACUGAACCAGCCCCUUCUGCCACAAUUGGAAAGGCUUCCCUUGGGGAACUCAGUAACCUCUGGAAGCUUGCAGCAUUUAUCCCUGCUUCCUUUCCUGGACAUGGAAAGGCUGUCCCCCUCCGAGAGCUCUAUAUCGCUGUGACUUCCUGUAGUGACAGUACUGUUGCUCACCAUCUUAUCAUCUACAGUACCUACAUGGAGUUCCAGAACAACCCUCGGGCAUGUCGUCUUGAAUCAGUAUGGGACAAUGAACCAGUCAAGGACCUCAAGUAUGCAUAUGAUGAUCCAAACUCUGAGACAAAGGUUCAUAGCCUCCAAGAAAUCAUCACAUAUCUCAAGUAUCUCAAGGCAAAUGGGGUGGAGCCAAACAAGAAUAAGAAAUCCAAUGUGUACCUACCUUUCAAAUUGAGGAAUGUUUUCAAUGUCUUUGUACUCCUGUGUUUCCUGCCUAUGGUGUAUGCUUCAACUGCAAUGGGCCUUGCAGAGACAUUCACCUCAGCAACUCCAAGGAUCACAGGCUAUGCUGUGGCUGUUAUUCUUAUUUUCAUCCUGCGCAAUGGGGAAUAUCUCCAUCACCAUUAUCUCCAAUCUGAAGCAACCCUUAAUCCCAACUUUCCAUCUUCGUGGAUACAUCGUCUCAGUGCCCACCUAUUCUCCCAGGACUCACUUGCCCUUCCUCAACUGGACCAAAAGACCCAGAACUAUCUUAUCCUUGAAGCUGCAAAUGGACUUGGGCUUUCACAUGAAUUCCUUUCAGACCCACACCUCAUUCAUCUAACCAACCCUGUUAGGACCCAGUUAUUUUGA